CGAAUGUAAACAAAUCAAUGGCAUUGUUGGAGAGUCUUAGGCCUAAAGUCAUUUCAUUCGUUUCGUCGUAACUUACUCGCGUGGCCAAGGAUUUUUCCCAAAAGAGGACCAUCACCUAGUGCUGUCUGCUAAGAUUGAUAAUAACAUUCUUUCAACGGAUCCGGUUUCCCAGACUUCUGUGCCAAAGUUUUGCACUGAGAUUUCUUGGACAGUAGAUCACCAAACACUUCGCAGACUGAUCCAAAGUGGCAUAAAUUGCUGGGAGGAAACUUGCAACAAAGUAAAAUUCCUCCUCAGAUUCUGCUUUCCUUAAAUUUGCACCCAGUUAAUCCAGAUGAUACGCAGGUAAAAGCUGAUUCACCAAGGAUGUUGCAUAAUGGUAACAUGCAUGGUGGACAAUACACUUUGAGCUCUGUCAGCAGUGCUGUUAAUAAUCACAUCUCACAACACAAUGGAACAUCUCAUGUUUACCAGGUUCCAAAUAUGAACUCACAUGUCUCCUUAUCACAUCAAGAUGCCUUUCCAGUGGGUGAUUUUGCUGCUUCCAGUAAGCUUGGAGCACUUCUCUCAGACCGAUCAUCCCAGAUGCUCAUUUCUUCUUCUCAGAAAGAUGCUUUCCAAACACUCUCUUUAGAUGCAGAAAAUAGAAACAAGUUAGGCACAGGAUCUUCAAAAUGUUUUGAGGAUGAAUUUUCUCGAUCUCAGCACAUGGACUUGGAAGAAGAGGAGGCAGGUGACCUGUGCAACAUUGAGUCUGUUUAUACCGAAGAAAAUUUAGAUGGAGAUCUGACUUCAAGUGAAAUUAUCUGUGAUGCACAGGAAGCUAGGGCAAAAAGAUAUGAAACAGUGUCUUCAGACAGUGUUAAGGAUCAUGAUUUCACAAAGUGUAAUGGCAGGGUUGAGCUUAGAAAUAAUAAAAGUAAAUCAGUGCCAACUUCCCCUGUGGAAAUAGUAAGAAGUUUAUUAGAUGGUGUAACUAAUGGAGGGGAGAGACUGAAUAAGGGUGAAACUAAACUUAAACAGAAAGAAAAUUUUGAUGAUGACAUUGACAUAUACUCUGGACUGGAUGAUGAGGGUCUUGAUAGCGGAUUCCAGUCUAAGGUUAGUGGUAAAGCUCGAGAAGUUUGGCCUACAACACAGCCAAUGUAUCAUAGUAGUGGGGAAGGUGAAAAACACAUAACUUGCCCUUCUAGUGACCCGAAACCUGCAAAGAAGAAGCAGUUUGAAAACAGAAGGCUUUCUGACCCUUUGAGUAGUGCAUUGCCUGGAAGUAAACAGAAUUUCAUCCCUCUAAGAAGUAAAGGAGGACUUCAAGCUAGUGUUCAGACACCUGCAGGCCGGCACGUUGGUGGUCACUCUGAUCAUCUUGUACCCCAUCUGGACCAUGAUGGGGGCUUUAUUCAGAUUGGGCCUGUGGGUGACCCAGAGGAAGAAACUUUUGAGUUUGCAGUUACAAUUGUGUUUGCGAAGAACUUGGAUCAGCUUCUUCCUAAAGAUUUUACAUGGAGUCCAAAUACUGAAACAUGUUUUUCUUACUCAUUAAUGGGUUGUAUGAUUACUAGUGACCCAAUAAAGAGUUUGAGCAAUCCAGAGUUUUUAGCAGAAAGGGUGGCCGGAAACAUUCGAGCAACACCUUCUAAUUUGUCUGCAUAUUUUAAGAAAAAUUCAGUGUUCCCUAUCCACCUUCUUGUCGGAGACUUGUGUUUGGCCUCUGCUUCAAUUAGCUUAAUGAAAUUUCAAGAUUUUGAUAGCAGAGUAUUAUCACAGGUUCCUCUAACAUUAGAGGGAUUGCACCAAAUGAUAUCUGUCGCACCAGAACCAAGGGAAUUCAUUCCAGGAAAAGAACCAGUGAUUGGUGUCGUUUUCCAACUUAGUGGACAGUCUCAGAGAAACCUACACUAUUCAUUCCCUGUUUAUUCAGACUCUGAUGGUUCUAGUGAGUCUGAAAUUGAUAUGUAUGAAUACCCUGUAUAUCCUCGGAGGAGUCACAGAUCUGGGAAAUCAAAAUACCACAGCAGGCUUGAUUCACCACUAGUAUCAUCUGAAUCUUCAGAAGAGGAUAUAUUACCUGCUGGCAAGAGACGCAGGGGGGGAACUUCACGAAAACUCCAUCACAAGAAACCUACGUUAAGUGAAGUUGCUGCACUCCAAGAAUUAACCAGUGAAGGAAAUAAAUUAAGGAGACACCUUGUGAAAGCUGCUCUGGAAGUAGAAUCAUGGAAGGUUGAUCAGCAGGCAUUGUUCUUGAAACAGUGGUCAUUGAGAGAAGCUGAAUUUCAGCGACAUCUAUCUGAUGAAUGGAAAGCAAGAAUAAGCUACAUGGAAUCAAGUUUGCAUAGCCGCCUGGCUCAGAGUGAUACUUUGAAUAGAAAAUUAACUGCAGCACUUUCAGAACUAAGCCUUAGAGAAAAGAAGUUAUCUGCUAAGGAAGAAAGGGUUCAUAAGCUUUUGGAGGACUUGGAAGCACAAAAGCAAGAACAAGAGCAAAUAGAAAAGGGAACAUUUGAGGGUAGACUCAAGCAAAAGGAAAGAAAAGAAAAUGAUGCAUUGUUAGAGGAACUGAAGAAGGAAAAGGAAAAGAAUGAAGAAUUAGAAAAUGAGGUGUGCGAACUGAGGUCAAUAGUAAGUCAGUCAGAAAUGUCUCCAGGCCAUCAGUAUCAGGAAAUGAAGAAACAGAUGGUCUCAUUAAGGAAGGAAAAGGAUAUUUUGUCUGAUGAGUUGGCUUCAGCUUUAAAAAAGAAACAGUAUUACAAAGUACAAUGGGUUCGUAGUGUUAGUGAGCUUCAUCAUUUUAAGAAAUCUCAGAUCCAUGACGUAGAGAGAUUACGAUAUGAAAUGGAAAUGUCAUCUCCUGAACCAGUGUAUCCUCAUCCCAAACAUCACAAGGGUAAGUUUAGAAGCCACAAUGUAGAUGGGUCACAGAGGAAAACAAAAUUGAUCUCAAAAAGUUGGAAACCUGGAAAAGGUUCUGAGUCUUUAUAUGCAGUAAAGUCUGCUUUGGAAUCACAACGAUUGAAAGAGAGAGCUGAUGUGGAGCCAGGUUGUAGCUGGAUGGAUCAGCCACCAAAUCGGGAAACUGGGAAUCGAAUUGAGCCAAAAGUGAGUGGUUUACCUAGAAAUAGAACAGAAUCUGAAAGAACACUAGAUAUUGGGAAGGUGCGGAGAACAAGCAUUGGAAAUUCAGGUGAUUUUGAGGAAUUUGUUAGAAGGAAAAGUAAUGAUUAACAGUUUAAGAAAAUACUUGAGGAAAAUAGUGUGGAAAAUGGGUGAUUAGUAAUUCAGGUUGACAAACAAGGAAGUCAAAUUUCUUGCAUAGUGAUAGCACGUAGGCUGAUUUCUGAGCCAAAACUGUGUUAAGUUGUAAAGCUUUAUGUCAUAUGUAUAAUGUACACAUUUAUUGUUUGUGGAUAUGCAAAAUCGCACAGGUAACUUAAGUGGUCAGUAAUAGUUUAUUGUGCGGUAUAAAUCCAGUGGUUGCCAGAAACUAGAUAGCAGAAAUGCCAGUGUGAUGCAUUUUAAGAUCAAAAGCAGUCAUAAGUUGAAAAUCAACCAGAAUAUCAUAAAAGAAAUGAAUUGCUGCUGUGCUAACUGUGUGGGUAAUAUAUUCAUGUGUAUUGUAUGUACUUCAGUGUUUUCUGAGAUGCAUAUUUUGACAUGCACACAUACAUUUGAAUUUCAGAGGCAAAGGAAACUAAUCCUUUUUUUAUUGUGACUGAGAAACUUACCCCAGCAAGGUUGUAUUUUGCCUUUUAGUAGGAAGGCAUUGCCUGUGACUUUUGUCUAGAGAAUGUUGGUGUUUAUAGAAGCAAAAAGAUUUAUUUUUUAGUAGGCUUUUCUGGGUGAUGGGUUACUGGCAUUUGGUGAUGAUUUUUUCAAUGGAAAAUUGAGAUAACGAAAAGGUAUGGUAGAUCAGCAUGACCAGACAUAAGGAAUAAGAGACUGAUGAAUUCAAAACAUUCCAUGAAAGUGAAUCAGAAAUUGGAUAAGCAGAAAAUUGCAUUUGCAUAAUGUUAGAUGUGUCAGCCAUCUCUUUGUUGUAUGUUCAGAGGUAAAAAGGUGUUGGUGUUAUUUCUCUCAAGAUGACAGUAAUAUCAGUUUAUUGUUAAUGGCAUGGAAAGAGAUGGACUGAAGUAAACCCUGAUACCGGUUUGCUGCAUACAAGGAAGUAUUGCCCUUUUUACAGUUAAAAAUGUGCAUCUUGCUGUACUGUGCAUGGUAAUAAAUAGGUGAUUUAUGAAUUAAAUAUAAUUACUUACUGGUAUACUGACUGUAUUUUCAUCUCUUGAUUAUGGUAGAUAAUUUUUUUACAAGGUGUGUUUGAAGUGGGACACAUGCUUUUUCCUUCACCAGACCUCUUAUGCAGGUAACAACUUUGAUGUUGUCUGUCUGAUAUUUUAGCUAAUUUAGGAAAUCCAUCCAUUUAUUAUGUAUGAAUAAGUAACUUGUGGAUUAUACUAUGUAAAAGAGUGAAGGGACCUUCAGUGUGGUUUAAUGGUGCUAUUUACUUCUUUAUUGUAUCACUUCAUUGAAUUCAGUUUGUGAGCAGGAAGGGAAUUUCAUCUUCAUUUUCUUACCAUCUGUAUCUUGCACAUUUUUUUGUUGGAAUCUUUCUGUAUUUUAUUUGCAUGUAACUUUCUAGAGAGUACAACUUUAUUGUAGUUUCAAAGCCAAGUUGAUUCAGAUCAGUAAUUGAUCUUCCUAUUUAAUAUCUCCUAACUUUAGAUCGUCUUGUUCAUUAAUUCUCUAUGAUUAAGUUCAAGAAGGCAAAACUCUGGAUUUUGUCUUCCAGUAAAAUCUUCCUUUUCUUCAUUCCAUUGUAUUUGAAGGAUAGAGAUGUAGCUGAUGUUCCUAGGGAAAAUGUGAAUCAAAUUCUCAUACCAUUUGAAACCAUUUUUUUUCCAAUGUAUACAUAUAGUAUAUGCUGCUAGCAGAAAGACCAAGCAUAUACAUAGUGACAACACUGUAUAUGUAUACAAAUAUUGAUUGUUUUUAUGUCAGUUUUGAAUAUUCACAAGUAUAACCCUACAGUAAAUGGCACAACAUAUUUUACUGCAUAGUAAUUUCUUGCUAAUGUUGAGUUAGAUUAUGGGGGAUCAAGGUUUUUUAAUAUUAUUUUCCUGAUGGGAUCUUUUUGGCAUUGUUAGAAGCAGUAUUUUGAACUGUUUUAUAUAGUGUGUAAGACUAUGAACAAAAAUGAAACCAUUGUUUUACUUUUAAAUUGGAUCAUUAAUUGUGCAAAUCCCUUUUGAUCAAGGUUUUCUGUAAUUUCUUGUUUUGCAUGAGAGUUAAGAAUUUGUAAUUUGUUUCUUUUAUGUAAGGAAGUGAUAUAUCUUUUGGUUUAAAGGAAUAUAUUUAUGUAAACUCCAGUUCAGCUGUAGCUUUUAUAAUCAAGAUGGACACAUCUAUUAAAAACGAUCAUGUAGGUAUAUGAGUUUGCACUCUUUCUUUGUGUGCUGUACAGUUAUAAUUCCACUGAAGUGAGGCCUAUCUUUGUCUUUAUAAAAUUGUGACGAGAUAAGGUUUGCAGUACAUGGAAUGUAUACUGCAUUAUAUUUUUAAUAUGAUGCUCUCUUUUAGUUCAUUAAACUUUUUUUAAUAUAUUUCAAAGGAGUUAUAUAAAGUAGGUUGCAACUUAUGUUACAUUUCUUGUAGCAAUAGUAAUUGAGAGGGAAAAUGUGUAGUUUACUAAGGCCAAGUUAUUGAUAAUAGGAAGUGGACCCCUUUCAAACACAUAUAUGAUUAAAAGUGAUGCAUUUGUUUUGUAUGAGGUGACCCUUUCAUAUUAAUUUGCCUUUUUUUAUAUACUUAAGAAGCCAUAGUUGUGUUGAUAGUUGGGCUGCUGUGUAAUGUUUUCGUACAGUAUGCUGUUCCAUUUAAUAAACUUGUUUAAGAAAAUACAAAAUUUAGAAUUAAGAAAUACUUGCCAAAAAAAGCACAGAUCCAAGCCUACUAUGUUACUAGUAAAGUAGUAGUAAUUUAGCACUAAACCAGUAUAUAGUUGGGGCAUAUUGUAUUUGGACUAACUUUAACAAGGCAUUAAUAAAGAUUAAAGCCAUUUAAUUUAUUUAUUUGCCAUUAAUAUUUCCGAUGAAAAAACCAUACAUCACUUAUGUUUUUUGUCUGUAAUGUAAAUUGUCAUUUUCUUUUGUAACUUGUUGGGAGACAUUUUUUAUCUGUAACUUGUUGGUAAAUGUUUUCAUGUUUUCUUUUGUAAAUACACUGGGAAAAUGUCCUUGCACCACCUAGGAACAUUAGUUUAUGCACAUUUUAUUUGCCUAAUAAAAUUCCACAUCAGCUAGUUGUAAAUAAUUAAUUUUAUAUUUGUAGCCAUCAAUUUGUCUUCAGACUAUUAAUACUUUAAGCAAACAACACAACAAGCAAAAUUGAUCUAAUACUAUUUAGUUGCAAACCAUUGCUUUAUUAGAACCAAUUAUGAAUUGCAAAUGGCCCUGGCAAAAUAAGUGCCAGGAUCUGUCCUGCUGUGGGUUAAGAGGUCGUGUUUUUGUUGAAAAAUGAUUUCAUAUUCAGAUGUGCAACAAGCCCACAGGGGCUAUUGACUUGAUAUUCAACCUUCCAGAGAAUUUAGUUUUUUACGUAUUUGAAAAAAUUGACAGUAAGUAAUAGAAGAUACAAAAGAAAAUAAGUUAAUUAAAAUGUACUGAAAAGUAAAAAAAUAAUUUUUUUUAGUCACACCAGGCUUUUCUUACGAUUAGUAAUAUCUACAAAGAAGAGAGGGGGGUUGCCAAAUGUGGAAGGAAAUGCUACAUGAAAUGAAAUACAUAUAUUGGUUUUAUUUCUUGUAGCAUUUCCUUCCAUGUUUGGCACCCACGCCUUUAUUUUUUUAAGCAUGAUUUAUUCCAAGAAAAUCCUUGUGUCUUAAGAUUAUUUUUUGUACAUUUCAAUGCAUUUUAAUAAGUGUUUAUAAUUUUUCUUUUUUUUAUUUAUAUUUUCAAGUUUUGACAGAAAUUGCAACUGAUUUAUGAUUGUAGCUAACAAAAUUGAAUGUGAUAUCCUGUAAAGCCAAAGAGGGUUUGAAAAAUUUCUAGUUAUGAACUUAUUCUACCAAGUCAAAGAAGGUUUGCAAAUUCCAGAGAUUUUUGUACAAAUCAUGAGAUACAGGGAGAGUUCAUUGUAGGAUCACUAGAGGUUGCUGCUGACCUGAUUAUGUAAGGUUUUAAUUGUCACUGGGAUUGAGUUACCAUGCAAAAUUUUGAAGUCCAAUGGACAAAGGGAACAGUAUGGAAAUGGAGUUACAAGUUUGAACCCAAAUGCAUGCAGAAGUCGAGUUAAAUAAAAGCAUGUAAAAAGUGAGAUCAGUUAGUCAAAAAUGAAAAAUAAAUUAAUAAAUGGUUAGAUCCAUCAUUAAAAACAAAUUGCCAAAAGCAACUGGUUAACAAGGAUGAAAUGAAAAUUUGUCACCCAGUUUUUUAGUGGUUUAUCUUUGCCAAAUUGGGAAGGGUGUAGAGGGAACCUUAAUUCAUUACCCCGGAAUGGGGGCUAGUUCCAUCAGUGCCCCUCAUGCAGUCUAUAGGCAUUACUAAAGGUUCUUUGCAGCAUCCCCUUGAUCCCCGACUGCAAAUCCUUUCGUUCCUUUUACUGUACCUCCAUUCAUAUUCUCUUUCUUCCAUCAUACUUCCUCAACCCUCUCCUAACAAUUGAUUUACAACACAACUGCGAGAUUUUACUCAGGUUACACCUUUAAAACCUUUCCACUGGCAAUUUCCGUUUCAGUGCUGACUUUGGCAUAAAUUUUAAAUACAGCUGUUCUUAAUUGAUUGGAGUAUUUGUGAAAAAGAAUUUUGUUUUUAAAAAUGGAUAAAUAUACAAAUUGCAAACCUUUGUAGUAGUAAAUUGGCAACCCUUUGUAGUAGUAAAUCGG